UUUGCCUUUUCCAAUAUAUAACGCGGUAAACGGGACAGACAGAGGGACAAUAAAUAAAUAACUCAUGUGUUAUAGUUUUUGUGGUGUUAAAAAUGGAUGAAGUGAAUAAUUUCUUUGACUUUUCAAAAGAAUUCAACCGUGUUCCAGUACCCCGAGGAUCUGUUUCGGGUAGCAUUGCUGCAAAUGCUGGCAAAAUUGAUAGUGGCAGACCCAUUAAGCGUGAAUAUUUUGGUGACCAUUACUCGAAGCACAUUGCCGAUAGAGAGCGAAGACGAAUACUUGAGGAGGAAGAUGAUCAAAUGAAUGAUACACGUUCAUCACACCAUGGCGCAAGUUCAUCUACAUGUAUGGAUGAACUUGAAGAUUUGAGUGAAGAAGAUGACAUUAAACCAAAGGUAAAUCGAAUUGACGACAAUGUAUAUACACGAUAUAAUUUCAAUUUGAAACGGGAUGAGUCGCUUCCAAUACACGACAACAAAGACCAAAUUUUGAAAGCUAUACGUAAAUACCCAGUGGUGGUACUUGAAGGUGAUACAGGAUGCGGUAAAACUACACAGGUGCCUCAGUAUAUACUCGACGAAGCCUAUAUAAAUAGGGAGUAUUGCAAAAUUGUCUGCACGCAACCGCGCAGGAUUGCGGCAAUCUCUAUUGCUAAGCGCGUUUGCCAAGAGAGAAAAUGGGAAGAAGGCUCCGUUGUUGGUUUUCAGGUUGGAUUACACGCCAAAAUUUCCGAAGAUACACGCCUGCUAUACUGCACAACGGGUGUACUACUGCAGAAGCUUAUAAAGGAAAAGUCACUUAAACAAUUUACACAUAUUAUACUUGACGAGGUGCACGAACGUGACCAGGAAAUGGAUUUUUUACUAAUAGUUAUAAGGAAGUUGUUGACUACCAAUUCGCGCGGAGUAAAGAUAGUACUCAUGUCGGCCACAAUCAACGCUGGAGAGUUCUCUGAUUACUUUACCAUACGCCGCAAUCCAGCGCCAGUGUUGCGAGUUGAUACACGCCGCCUUUUUCAGGUGCGCGAAUUUUACUUAUCUGAUCUGGGUCGCAUCAAUAGUACGAAUACCGAUGUGGACGUAUCGGAUCCUGGCAUAUCGAAAGAAAUGUAUAAUAUUGCGUAUAAAUUGAUUAUUGUCAUCGAUAAUAUAGAGAAGCAAGAGGCUUCUGUUUCUCUGGAUCCUGGCUCAUUGCCACAAACAUCGAUUCUGAUCUUUUUGCCUGGCAUCAAUGAAAUUGACCAAAUGUGCAACAAAUUGCAAUCGUUAACCGAAUCUCUUGACAAUAAUGUGAAACUCUGUCCUAUACGUUUGCAUUCUUUGAUUUCGCCGGAUGAGCAGAGCAAAGUAUUUAAUAACCCACCGACUGGUUUUCGUAAAGUAAUACUUUCGACAAACAUUGCGGAGAGUUCUAUAACCGUGCCGGACGUUAAAUACGUCAUUGAUUUUUGUCUCACGAAGUCACUGGUCACUGAUACUGCCACAAAUUUCUCGUCUUUACAACUGCAUUGGGCAUCGCGUGCAAAUUGUCGCCAACGUGCUGGACGCGCAGGACGUGUAAUGAAUGGUCGUGUCUACCGUAUGGUCUCAAAAGAUUUCUAUGAACACUAUAUGGAAGAAUUUGGCACUGCUGAAAUGUUGCGCUGUCCGCUAGAGAAUGCUGUGCUUAAAGCGAAAUUGCUCGAUAUGGGUCCACCGCCAGAUAUACUCGGUUUGGCAAUGACACCGCCCAAUCUCUCGGAUAUACACAAUACUAUAUUGACGCUGAAAGAGGUGGGCGCACUCUUCACCACCGUUAAUGGCGCGUACUCCAUACAAGAUGGUGAUCUGAGUUUUAUGGGGCGCGUGAUGGCCGGCAUGCCCUUGGAUAUACGUUUAACACGUCUCAUAUUGCUGGGUUACAUAUUCAGCGCGAUGGAAGAGGCGAUUAUAAUAGCUGCCGGCUUAAGUGUGCGUUCCAUAUUCCGUUCUGGCGUCGAUCGUCGUGGUAAUAAUAGUCAAGCAGAAGCGUAUAUACAAAAACUUAUUUGGGCUGACGGCUCUGGCUCGGACUUAUUUGCUAUUUUAAGAGCCUAUCGUCUGUGGUCAUCGAUGCGUGAACAACAAAAUAUUCACGAGGAACACAGUGAAACCAUUUGGGCCAAUCGUUAUUUCAUCAAUUUACGUUCGAUGAAAGAAAUGCAUUUGCUGGUGCAGGAGUUGCGCGAACGUCUACAAGGUUAUGGCAUACGCGAACAGAAUGCCUAUCAACGUGUCUGCUGGAUCGAUCGUGAAAAGAUUAUUAUAUUGAAAAUUAUCAUCGCUGGCGCAUUUUAUCCCAAUUAUUUUACACGUUCGAAUUUGAAUGAUACCGAACGUGAACGUGGCAUCUACCAUACACUAUGCGGCAAUGACCCAUGCAAUACGGUCUACUUCACUGGCUUCAAUACACGUCACAUUGGCCAGCUGUAUACGGGCUCGGUUAAGGAACUGUUUCGUUCUGUGCGCAUACAUCCGAAAAAUAUCGAAGUGCGUUUUCAACCGGGAACCGAACGUGUGUUUGUUACAUUCAAAAAAGAUCUAGAUGACGAUGACGAAGGUGGUACAUAUAGACUGCUUGUACCGGGACGUGUUUGCCCCGAUGUUUAUAAGGCCGUGCGCAUGCGUAUGCUUGGCAUGCGUACGUGUGUACGGGUUAUGGAUCCGCGCAGCGAGGUGCGCUAUGCCGAAGAGCGUCGUAUUGGCGCCAUGGUAGAAGGAGUUUGGCAACCAACCAAGAAACAAAUCAAAAAUCCCGAGCUGAUUGUCUUGCCUUCGGUGUUUCAGAAAAUGAUACGCGGCUAUAUAACGCAUAUUGAAACCUGCAGCAAAUUCUAUUUUCAACCGCUUUCGGAAAUGGAGCGUUUACGUGAAAUCCAUGCUCUAUUAAAUAAUCCCGAAAAUUUGCAACAGGGUCGUUUCAAAAGUCCUGCCUAUAUAUCUAAAGGCAUGAUGGUGGCUGCUCCAUUUGAAAAUAAAUACCAUCGCGCCAGGAUAGUGAAAGUUUUAACUGCGGCGCGCCAACAUUGUCAAUUUAAGGUAUUCUUCGUCGAUUAUGGCAAUACGGAUGUUGUAGAUUUCGAACAAUUACGACGUUUCUCCUACCACUGUGAGUCGCUCAACGACAUACCACCACGUAUGUUUGAAUGCCGUCUGGUAAUGGUGGAACCAUCUAUGGUGAAAUGUCCGAGCGGCAAGUGGCCCGAUGAAGCAAUGGAAUUAAUGCAGCAGACAGCCGAUGCGGGUGUGGUCGAAAUUGAAGUUUACUCAGUGGUCUCUGGUAUUUCGAAUGUGAUUAUAAAAACUGCAUCGGGCACACUAAAUGAAAUAUUGGUAGAGAAGAGUCUUGCACAUAAAUCGGAUGAGAAUUACAUGUCUAAGGCCGAUCAUGAUUUUCGUUUACGCAAACAAUCUGUUGCUACUCGUUUUCUAGAUGAAGAUCAUGCCAAGCAAAAUGAAGAGUACUUACGUACCAUACAACCCGAAGCCGAUGUGGAAGUGGAUCCACCACCACGUGAAUAUUGCACAAAAACGAUUAAUUUGCGUGGCCCAUUUAGUGCGCUCGAAACGAAAAUUUUCUCAGCCGUACGCAUCGGCACCUGGAAGAGUGUGCACGUUGAACGUGAUUCGGUGAAUUCCGUGUUGAUCGACACAGAUCCGCAGGAUGUGCACGAGCGUCUGAUUGUUGCGGCCAGCAUAACGGAAGCACAAAAUACCGAAACGCUUACCGCACGCUCGACGACACUUAUGCCGAAUAUACAUGGUUUUAGCGCAUUAAUGACGCUACUCUUCUGUCCGACCAUGCAAAUAAAACGGAAUAUUAAUAAGACUAAAUAUGUGGCAAUACUGGCGGGCUUGGGUUAUAAUAAAGAAACCUAUAAGCCACUCUAUGAGGAGCACGACAUUGUAUUGAACUUAGAUGCAGACAUUUUAAAGGACGAUUUGGAGUUAAUCAAUCAGUUGCGCUAUUGCAUGGACACCAUCUUAUAUACGGAUCCAAGUGAUGAGCGCCCAACUAUAUUGCCAAAUAUGCGUGCCGAUUUGUCUGCGAAAAUUAAAAACUUAAUUAUAAGACUAUUGAAUAAAAAUCGCAAAUAUAUUGAGACACAUGUGGAUAGCCACGAUAAUGUAUGGCAACCAUACGAUCUCGAGGAUGUGAUCGAAACCGAACCCAUUUACGGGCACCGCUCAUUGUUUCCCAUGCAUUCGGCGCUCAGAUUGUACGAUGAGAAGUUUGAUCGUAUACACUCGUUGGGUGUACACUGUCAGGAGUUGCAUCGCUUGCGUCAGUUUGAUGGCCGCAUACAAACGAUCACUUGUCAGCUAUGCAAUCAAACAUUGGAGAAUAUCGUACAACUACGUAUACAUUUGCUUUCGCAGCUGCACCGUGAUCGUGAGCAGCAGAUACGUUUCAAAAUGCCACGUUAACUGGCUUAGUUAUUAGUAAUGAUAGUUAUAAUAAACUAACUACAUUUUUUUCUACUGAUCAUAAACGAAAUAUAUUCGUUUAUAUAUAGAUUCAAAUUAAUUUUUAAGUUUUAUACUUCCUAUAAAUCAACAUAUGACAUAGUACAUACUCGAAAGCGAAUUUGAAAAACAUGAACUUAUAUAUAGUUUUUUUUUCACAUAUUGAAUUGAAUUACCAUUUGUUUUUGUUUCAAAUUACAUAACACAGAAUUAUCAUAAGAUCAUUUAAUUUUCUUUUUAUUAAAACUUCUCAUUAAUUUGUAAUUGUACACGUAUUAAUAAAUGUGCUACUCUACAUAACAUAUAUUUAUGCAUAUUUUAAUAUACAAUCUAUGUAUGUUUGUUUGUCUGUUUGUGUGUAAUGAAACCUUCACUUCACUGUCACUGUCACUCGUUAGUAACUCCCUUCUACAUGCAUAAUGUGUAAUUUUGCAUGGCAUUCAACGGUUUGCUACAGAGUCCACACAUUUUACUUUUGUAGAGUCCGUAAAUUUCGAAAUUCAAGACAUUGGACAAAUCAAACUGUAUGGUCGAAUGCAUUUGUGCAUUUUCAACGAUGAGUAUAUUAUGUUCAGUCAAUUCCACGCUGCAAAGAGGAAAGAUUUACAGUGUAUACAAAAAAAUUCCAACUUCACAUUCCUGAACUUUUGUUUACUUACUGAAAAUCGUAAUCGCUCACACCUUCCGGAUAUUGAUAGGGUUUAUCGCGCAAAUUGAUUAAUGUGUCAUUGCUGUUAACCGUUAUAUAUAUGGGCGCUUCAUCGUGUAGUUUCGUUUGAUUAUCUACCGACCUAAAGGUGAAAUAAUUCUGUCCAAUGUAAACGCGAAGACCGUAAUUGGCGCUUAAGCCGUACUCCGGUGAAGGCAACAAAAAUAUGGCCAUCUCUGGCAACAC